GUGAGAAACAACUCUUCAUCCUGCAAGCUGAGAAAGAAGACUCUCUCACGAUGACUGGAGAUCAGCGCUUUGUAAUAAGCGCCCGCAUCAUUGGAGCCGUCCACAGAGACACACCAAAACUCAAGAUGUUCAUGCUUUGUCUGCUAUGGUCUGAUGGGGCUGAGGUGAUAAUCUACAGAUCUUUCCAGGAGUUCAAGAAAUUUCAUAGGCAGCUGAAAAAGAGAUUCCCUCACUUGAACCCUUUCCGUAAAAACGACAGAGUGAUCCCCAAAUUUCAAGGCAAGGCCAGGAGGAACAGCCUGCAGCAGAAAAGUUCCAGGCGCUCUAUCCAGCGCAUGAAGAUUUUGGAGAGAUACUGCGAGAAACUGCUCAAGUGCGACCAGACGGUGACUCAGAGCUCGGAGGUCACGCAGUUCUUCACGCCCAAAGACCAGGACCUGCAGCCUGACUUCACCAAGAACAGCGUCGUGAUCAUGCUGUCUGAUGAUCUGCCUGAUGACUCCGGUAGCGGAGGAGGGGUUUCCACCCGUCAGACUGCAGGCAGUGUCAGCCACCCGUUGGUCACCCAGACGCACCGCUGCGUGGCCGCCUACGAGACGAAGGACACCAACAAUCGUCCAUUCAAGGUCGCUGUGGACGAGAAGCUGGACGUGCUGAUCAAAGACCCUGCCGGCUGGUGGAUGGUGGAAAACGAGGAGAAGCGCCUGGCCUGGUUUCCCGCUCCCUAUCUGGAGCUAUGGGAGGCAGAGGAUGAUGAUGAUGACGUGGACAACGCCCGAUUCCAGCUUGGAGGUUCCCUGUAUUGUGCGGUGAGGAAUUACUCCACUAAGAAGGAGGAUGAGGUGUCUGUGCCCCUCGGCUCCGUGGUGGAGGUGCUGAGGAAGUCUGACAAUGGCUGGUGGCUCAUCAGAUUCAAUGGCAAGGCAGGUUACAUCCCCUCCAUGUACCUGAGGCCAUACAACAACCCACGUACUGGCCUUUUCAACUUGCAGAGGAAGAUGUAUAGCUCUACUCUCAACCUGGCAUCCAGCAGUGCACCUCAGGCCUCUUAUUUAUCCGACACCAACCCAGAAAGGGAUUCUGCAGGUCAGUACAGGGGAGAGACCGCCGCUCCUGGGCGGUUCCAUAAGUCUCAAUCUCUGGACGUCCUCUCUGAGACCUGGUCCCAGCCACAGGCCGAGAGAGACGCUCUGACCACAGAAGGCCGUCUGCGCAACAUGAGCAACGCCAGCACCGAGUCAGGCCUGUCCGGCUUCUCCUCGAGCAGCGGAUCCAGCCAUUCGGUCUUGAACAGCUCCACUGGAGCCUCACGCCAGACUAACGUCAGGGACAGUGGGCACAGUAGCCUUGAGCUCAGCCUGUCCAAUGGCCGCAGCUUCAGCGUUAGCUCCGAGGGCUCUGGAUCGAUCGGGUCCGACGGAAACGGGGGGGCUCCGAGGGUCCCGCCCAGACCCAAGACUGAUGAGAUCCUGACCCGAUGCACCACCAUGACCCGCAAAGCAGCCCUAGCCUCCCAGAGGCAGCUUACAAUUCAGCCGCAGACCAAUCCAAGCUGCAGUCGCUGACAGUUUACAAAACCCAACUGAUGUAUCUAUCUAUUUCCUGUUUAUUGAAA